CACAUAUAAUUUUGUAUUUUCCCCAAUAACCAAGCCGACGGAUUCCCUUGUAGCCACAUGCGUGCGUGUGUGUGUGUCAAUAUAAAAAGUCGUUCGUUGGUUGGUGUCGGCCAGUUUUAGCCCAUUGUUAACCCCAUUCACAUCGGUCACAAUAAAUACACGCAUAUCACAAAAUGUCUAAAAAAGACAAGCAAAAACUGCAAGACGAGUUACGGGAGCAAAUUGGGAGCGAUGAAUAUCCACUGGUCAAGAACACUAAAAUUUACGAUCUGACGGAGGAGCAAUUAGUUACAAUGCUAACGGAAAGAAAAAUAGCUGUCGAAUAUCCCAUUGAUCGUGUGUUAUGUGAAGCUUUACUUAAAGCUUCCGUAAACGGCGACACCGUGGUUUUAGUGGAGUUGGUAAAAAUUGAUUCCUUAACAUAUAGUCAGCUAGAAGAGGCAAUAAAAAAAGUAACCAAACCAAGAAAAACAAUACGUGAAAUACAACAAGAGCUGGCGAAGAAUUGUGGCUAUGGCGAUGAUGUCAUUUGGGAUCAGUUGAGCAAAAAGGAUAGCAAAAUUAUGCAGUCUAAGAUCAAACAACUUAUUCCAGAUCAGGAAACCGGCCAGAAGGGCAUUGAAAAGAUGCGAGAGAAUAUCUUCGAAAGUGUAUGGGCUCAAAGAAAAUAUACAAAUGGAAAUUCAUGUACAUACAUAUUCUAUGUAAUGGUAACAGAGGAAACUGAUUUUAAUAUAGCGCCGGAUUCAACCAAAUAUUCAUGUCAUCCGAUAUUUCGAUGUAAAAAAUGUGAUGCCAAUAAUGAUAGCAGUAAAUGUUGUAUGAUUUAUGUUGAUGAAACAGGACGUGUUUAUCCAAAUUGGAAGUCGUUUCUUGAAGAAAAUGUACUACCAGCUGGUACAAUGAUAUUACCACGACGUGGUGUUUACAAUUUCGAUAAGAAUGACGAUGUUAUAUUGGAUGUUUAUUGCACUCCUAACGGUACACCUGGAGCUAAACUUAUGAAUGCAGCACAAACUAGUUCUGCAGUAUUGGGUGUUGGUGCAGCCUGUGUACCAAUUGCUGCGGCCCUAACACUUCCUGUUGCUGCCCCAGUAAUGGCAGCAGCUGGAUUAGUCGGUUUAGGCGUUGGUGCCUUUUCGACCAUAACAUCAGCCUUAAAUUUACAUGAUCGAAAAAAACACGAACAAUCAAUCAAUAUUACAGAUAGUCAAGCAAGAGCAAGUUAUUUGGGCAUUGCGGGUGGAGUUCUUGGUAUGGCGGCUGCAGGUGCCACACGUUUUUUAAAUUCAAUGGCAGUUGCAGGAAAAGCCACAGCGGGAAUUGAAGUCGUCGUUAACGGCAUUAAUAUAUCAACCAUACUCGUUUCUGGUACUGGUCUUGCCAAUGGCGUUUUGGAUAUAAUAUUUAAAUAUAGAGACGACGAUACGCUUUCAGCUUUGGAUGUUUUACAAUUGUCUGCUUCACUGGUGAUAUUUACUCAUUCCGUCUGUAACUUCCAAUUAGCAUCAACAAUUGCAAAUGAAGCCCGUACAAAUUCAAUCAAAAGUUAUCGUGAAACUUUAAGCAAUCGACAAAGACGUAUUUUCGAUAAAAUGUCAAAGGAAACAAUACGCAUUCGUGGUGAUACCCAAGGGAAAAUGGAUAUAAUACGUAAUAUCAACAAAAUACCAGAUCGCCAGUACCUAAAUGACCUGUUCAAGGUUAAUAAAAAACUAAAUGAAGCCAAAGUGCGACCGGCGUUUAGUGCAUCCGAUGAGGGUGUUGUCUUGAAUAAUGAAAUGUCCGUCAAUACAGCUGCUCUAAGGCAAAAUAUUAAUUUGUUGGAACAAGUUUCACAACCAAUACCCGCAACACAUACGGAUGGUAAUAAUACUGCCUCAACUGGACCGGCACGUCUAUUGUUUAGUGGAACAGGCCGAAUAAACCCAGAUGGUUUUCUUAACUUGGAAGAAACUCUUAAUGACAGAGAAAUCAGUGGAUCUUCUGGUAGAACAAUGGACGUACUCAGAGGGCUGAGUGUAAUGUUGCCAAGUGGUAUUAUCGUUGAGUUGAUUGCAUUUGGAGAAGGGUUUUUAAAACAAAUCACAGAUGGAGAAAAGUUUCAAGAUGUCAUAGAAACUAUGGCCUCAAAACUUCCCGAGAAAGUAGUAAUUUUUGUUUUUGAGUUGACACAACAUUUUAUGGAAGUCAUGAUGAGAGAAAUUGCGAGUGUUUUACAUUUUUACAUAUCCACCGAGUCGGUUUUAUAUCGUAUUCUGAAAUAUAUACUUACAAAGCUGGAGUUUUUCACCUAUGACUAUAUUGUCACAAAACGCCAAGAAAUAUUACUAUAUUUGAGAGAACAUUAUCUCUCAUUAAACUCGAAUAAUAACCAAGCUACUUCUACGAAAUGUAGUGAAUGUCACGGAUGGUACUACAUAUGCCAGUUGUAGUUUUAAAAUUAAAUUAUAUAAACAUCCAUGACAGGAAACUUAUUUGGUGCCUUAUUUACAAACGCCACAAGCGUACUCAUUUUAUUGCACAAACUAUAGAAAUAGAUGAAAGCGAGCUUUUAAAACUCUAGAUUAAAAGUGAAUAAAAAGCAAUAAAAUUAUUGUAUACAUUUUAUGCGUAAUAUGUUUUUAGUUCCCAAAAAAAGUAUUUUUGCCUAAUGUUCUAAUAUUUACAUAAUAUCAU